AUGGCGUGCCUGGGUUACCUUCUCCUCCUCCUCCUCCUUCUCGCCAGCACAGUGGCCCAGGGCAAGUAUGGCGUGGUCCACGUGGUGUCACAGAACUGGAGCAAGGACUACUGUGUGCUGUUCAACUCGGACUAUGUCACCCUGCCCCGGGACCUGCGCCACGCCCCGCUCCUGCCCCUGUAUGACGGCACCUCGGCAUCCUGGUGCCCUGGCGAGGACUCCUCCCACCAAGCCCGGCCCAGCUCCCCCAGCCAGCGGCCCCUCCGCCGGACCACCGCCAUGGUCAUGAGGGGCAACUGCAGCUUCUACGCGAAGGGCUGGCUGGCUCAGGGCCGAGGCGCCCAUGGGCUGCUCAUCGUGAGCCGGGCCAGCGGACAACAGUGCGCAGACACCACCCUGGCGUCCCGGGACCCCCACGAGCCCCUGCCGGACCUCACCAUCCCGGUGGCCUUGCUCCGAUACUCUGACAUGCUGGACAUCCUCGGCCACACCCACGGGGACGCCGAGGCCCGCGUGGCCUUGUACGCGCCUCCGGAGCCCAUCCUCGACUACAACGUAGUGGUCAUCUUCAUCCUGGCCUUGGGCACCGUGGCCAUGGGCGGCUACUGGGCCGGCCUGACCGAGGCCGAUCGGCUGCAGCGGCGCCGGGCCCGAGGAGGAGGGGGGCCCGGGGGUCACAAUCGGCAGGAAGCGGCGGCAGCCCAGGGGGGGCAAGAGGAAGACGACGACGAUGAGGACACGCCUAUGGACUUCACACCGGCCAUGACGGGAGCGGUGGUCGCCACGUCCUGCUCCAUCAUGCUGCUCCUCUACUUCUUCUACGACUCCUUCGUCUACGUCAUGAUUGCCAUCUUCGGCCUGGGCGCGGGCACCGGCCUCUACGGCUGCAUGGCCCCGCUGCUGCGCUACCUGCCCCUGCAGCAGUACCAGUGGCCCCUGCCUGGCCGCCGGGCCUGCCUGCGGCUGCCCCUGCUGCUGCUGGCCGGCCUGUGCGCGGUGGUGACCGGCCUCUGGGUGGCCUACCGCAACGAGGACCGCUGGGCUUGGCUCCUGCAGGACGCGCUGGGCAUAGCCUACUGCCUUUUCGUCCUGCAGCGCGUGCGGCUGCCCAAACUCAAGAACUGUACCUUCUUCCUGCUGGCCCUGCUGGCCUUCGACGUCUUCUUUGUCUUCAUCACGCCCCUCUUCACCAGGACCGGCGAGAGCAUCAUGGUGGAGGUGGCCUCGGGCCCGACAGAUUCCUUGAGCCACGAGAGGCUGCCCAUGGUGCUCAAAGUGCCCCAGCUGAGCUUCUCGGCCUUGACCCUGUGUGACCAGCACUUUACUAUCCUCGGCUUCGGUGACAUCGUGGUCCCAGGCUUCUUGGUUGCCUAUUGUCAUCGCUUUGAUGUGCAAAUGCACUCACGCCAGGUCUACUUCGUGGCCUGCACCGUGGCCUACGCCGUGGGCCUGCUGGUCACGUUUGCUGCCAUGGUCCUCACGCAGAUGGGCCAGCCUGCCCUGCUCUACCUGGUGUCCAGCACCCUGCUCACCAGCCUGGCCGUGGCCACCUGCCGCCAAGAAUUCAUCCUCUUCUGGACUGGCCAGGGCAGAGCCAAGACACCUGCCCAGCCCACAGCAGGGCUCUGUGGCAUUCAUCCAGAGGGCUCCAAGCAGCAGCAGGAGGACACGGCAAAUGUCCACACAGUCAGGGAGUCUGAGGGAGCCACCAACCUUUUGGCAGGGGACUUAGAUAGCAGCUUCAGGGAGGGCACAGCCAGGAUCGUCACCACAUCUGAGGACGAAGCCAUCAGUCUGGUUGGCAACAGUGACAGCUCCGAGGGCUGGAGUGAUGCCAACCUGGACUCUGAUGAGCUGCCUCUUGCCUCCCCCGGGGCCUCAGAGGACCUGAUGCCGCUGAUGCCACUGAUGCCAUCAUCCUCGGAGCUGGACCACGCACACACCCAUGCCCAGGCCCAGGCACAGGCCCAGGCACAGGCACAGGCACAGGCACAGGCCCAGGCCCAGGCCCAGGCCCAGGCCCAGGUUCCGGCCACUGACCUGCCCUGGAGGAAGCUGCACAAAAGGAGGGGUUUUAAGGUAAAGAAGAGCAUGUCAACUCAGGCUCCCUUGUGA